CGGGCAGUGACGGGGGUCGCCCCGAGGGUCACCCGCCUCGCCCCUCGCCCCCCGGCCGUCCCCUCAGACAUGCCCCGCCGUGGCGGCCCGGCUCGCCGAGGAUCAUGACUGCGGCGGCGAACUGGGUGGCGAACGGGGCCAGCCUGGAGGACUGUCACUCCAACCUCUUCUCGCUGGCUGAACUCACGGGCAUCAAAUGGCGUAGGUACAAUUUUGAAGGCCAUGGGGACUGUGGGCCCAUCAUUUCUGCUCCAGCCCAGGAUGAUCCCAUCCUGCUCAGCUUCAUCCGCUGCCUGCAGGCCAACCUGCUGUGCGUGUGGCGCCGGGAUGUCAAACCCGACUGCAAGGAGCUCUGGAUAUUCUGGUGGGGGGACGAGCCCAACCUGGUCGAUGUCAUCCACCGCGAGCUGCACAUGGUGGAAGAAGGAUUCUGGGAGAAUGGACUUUCCUAUGAGUGUAGGACCCUGCUCUUCAAAGCAAUUCAUAAUCUUCUGGAAAGAUGCCUGAUGGAUAAGAACUUCGUAAGAAUUGGGAAAUGGUUCAUAAGGCCCUAUGACAAGGAUGAGAAGCCUGUCAAUAAAAGUGAACACUUGUCGUGUGCCUUCACGUUCUUCCUGCAUGGGGAGAGCAACGUGUGCACGAGUGUGGAGAUAGCCCAGCACCAGCCCAUCUACCUGAUCACCGAGGAGCACAUCCAGAUGGCCCAGUCCUCCCCAUCGCCCUUCCAAGUGCUGGUCAGUCCGUACGGGUUGAACGGGACCCUCACAGGCCAGUCAUACAAGAUGUCCGACCCCGCGACUCGGAAGCUGAUGGAGGAGUGGCAGUAUUUCUACCCCAUGGUGCUGAAGAAAAAGGAAGGAAUGAAAGAGGAGGAAGAGUUGGGGUAUGACAACGAUUUCCCUGUGGCAGUCGAAGUCAUUGUUGGGGGUGUGAGGAUGGUGUAUCCUUCAGCCUUUGUUCUCAUCUCCCAGAGUGACAUCCCCGUGUCACAGAACGCUGCCAGCGCUGCAGGCCAUAUAAAUGUGGCACAGCAGGGGCUUGGAAGCGUGAAGGAUCCUGCCAGUACCUGUGGGAUGCCCCUGACUCCCCCCACGUCUCCAGAGCAGGCUGUUAUGGGAGAAAGUGGCUGCUCUCAGAGCAGCAUCAGCCAUCCAGCUGUGCAGGAGGGGACAGUCAGUGUCCACAGUCCAAAGAAAUCAAGCAAGAUUACUCCAAAAUUUCACAACCGUAUGGUUCACCGUGUGUGGAAGGAAUGCAUCCUCAACAGGGCACAGUCCAAGAGGAAUCAAAUUGCAGCUGCAAAUUUGGAAGAGGAAGUUCCUAACAAUAGUGUUUCAUGGGAUUUUGUGGAUCCAGUCCAAAGAGUCAGUUGUUCUUGUUCCAGGCACAAGGUGUUCAAGCAGCGCUGCGCCGGUGCCUCGGGCCGGCCCCCCUCGCUGACCCAGCCCGGCUUCGGCGUGGGGACGGCGGCGGCCUCGGCACUGCCCCCUCCUGCCUCCUCAAAGCACAAAACCACCGAGAGGCAGGACAAGGGAGAGAAACUGCAGAAAAGGCCCCUGAUGCCGUUCCACCAUCGGCCCUCGGUGACUGAAGAGCUAUGCAUGGAGCAGGACACGGCGGGCCAGAAGCUGGGGCUGGCCGGGAUGGAGUCCUCGCUGGAAGUCCCCAGUUCCAGGAAAUACGAGAAGCCGCUCUCGCUACCUGCUAGAAAUCCAAGCAARCAAAUGAAUAUGAAUCCUAUGGAUUCACCCCAUUCCCCCACUUCCCCUCUGCCUCCCACCCUGAGCCCCCAGCCCAGGGGUCAGGAGGCAGAGAACCUGGACCCCCCUUCCGUUCCUGUGAACCCAGCACUCUAUGGCAGCGGGCUGGAGCUGCAGCCGCUGCCCAGCUUAGAUGACAGGACAGUCCUGGUGGGACAGAGGUUACCUCUGAUGRCAGAGGUCAGUGAGACAGCCUUGUACUGUGGCAUAACUCAGAGCAACGAGACCAUGGACAUGUGGAGGACCUACAGUGUCCCUUCGAGCGACGACCCCGAGUUCCGGCCACCGGAGCUGCCCUGUGAGAGGUGGGAUGGCAAGAUGGAGAUAAACCCCGACAGCACUGCACUGAAAAGGCUCUUAGCACAACCUAAUAAACGGUUUAAAAUUUUGGAAGAGCAGAAACCWGUGCAGACCCUGAACUAUCUUGACCCCUUGCCUCUACUGCAACCCCCUGGAGAAGGCUGGGGUGACACCAGUGACCCUUACACCUUCGAAGAUGGAGAUAUCAARUACAGCUUCACUGUCAAUAAAAAAUGCAAACUUGGGGCUGAGAAAGAUCCUUUGAAAAAGAACAAGUCRGAAGAUGGGAUUGGUACCAAGGAAAUUCCCCCAACGGGCCAUUCCACCCCAGUUCCUGAUGGAAAAGAUGCCAUGUCCAUUUUCAGUUCUGCUCCUAAGGCUGAUUCCCGGCAGGACGGCGCUGCCGCCAGGGCCGGCUCCAGCAGCCUCACCCAGGUCACCGAUCUGGCCCCGUCCCUGCACGACCUCGACAACAUCUUCGACAACUCCGAUGAGGAUGAGCUGGGGGCUGUGUCCCCAGCCCUGCGCUCCUCCAAGCUGCCGGCAGCGGGCUCYGAGGAGCGGCCGCUGGGCAAGGACGGCCGGACUGCAGUGCCCUACCCUCCCACUGUGGCAGAUCUCCAAAGGAUGUUCCCAACACCACCUUCUUUAGAACAACACCCUGCCUUCUCCCCAGUGAUGAGUUACAAAGAUGGGAUCAGUUCAGAGACUGUGACAGCCUUGGGAAUGAUGGAGAGCCCUAUGGUCAACAUGGUUCCAACACAGCUGGCUGAGUUUAAGAUGGAGGUGGAAGAUGGAUUAGGUAGCCCAAAACCUGAAGAAAUUAAGGAUUUUUCGUAUGUGCACAAAGUUCCAUCAUUUCAACCUUUUGUGGGCUCCUCCCUGUUUGCUCCACUGAAGAUCCUGCCCAGCCAGUGCCUCCUACCUCUGAAGAUUCCAGAUGCCUGCAUCUUCAGGCCUUCUUGGGCUGUUCCUCCAAAAAUUGAACAACUUCCAUUGCCACCUGCAGCCACUUUCAUCAGAGAUGGCUACAACAAYGUGCCCAGCGUGGGCAGCCUGGACCAGGACUACCUGCAGAUGAGCACRCCCCAGAUGAGCACGCCGGUGACGCUCAACAGCGCGGCCCCCGCCAGCAACAGCGGCGCAGGGGUGCUGCCAUCGCCGGCCACGCCGCGCUUCUCCGUGCCCACACCGCGCACGCCGCGCACGCCCAGGACUCCCCGGGGCGGGGGCACCGCCAGCGGCCAGGGCUCCGUCAAAUACGACAGCACRGACCAGGGCUCCCCCGCCUCCACGCCCUCCACCACGCGCCCGCUCAACUCGGUGGAGCCGGGCACGGUGCAGCCCAUCCCGGAGGCGCACAGCCUGUACGUGACCCUGAUCCUCUCCGACUCCGUGCUCAACAUCUUCAAGGACAGGAACUUCGACAGCUGCUGCAUCUGCGCCUGCAACAUGAACAUCAAGGGUGCUGACGUGGGGCUCUACAUCCCUGACUCGUCCAACGAGGAUCAGUACCGCUGCACCUGCGGCUUCAGCGCCAUCAUGAACCGCAAACUCGGCUACAACUCCGGCCUCUUCAUCGAGGAUGAGCUGGAUAUUUUCGGCAAGACCUCGGACAUCGGCCAAGCUGCAGAAAGGAGACUGAUGAUCUGCCAGAGCAACUUGAUCUCGCAGAUGGGAGAGGGGGCCAGGAGGAGCCAGGAGCCUCCCAUGAGCCUCCUGCUGCUGCUGCAGAACCAGCACACGCAGCCCUUCACCUCGCUCAGCUGCCUGGAUUACAUGGCCUCCAACAACCGCCAGACGCUGCCCUGUGUCAACUGGAGCUACGACCGGCUGCAGGCUGACAGCAACGACUCCUGGGUGGAGUGUUUCAACGCCCUGGAGCAGGGCAGGCAGUAYGUGGACAACCCCACGGGGGGCAAGGUGGACGAAGCCCUUGUCCGAAGUGCCACUGUCCAUUCCUGGCCUCACAGCAACGUGCUGGACAUCAGCAUGCUCUCCUCCCAGGACGUGGUGCGUAUGCUGCUCUCCCUGCAGCCCUUCCUCCAGGAUGCCAUCCAGAAGAAGCGGACGGGGAGGACCUGGGAGAACAUCCAGCACGUGCAGGGACCACUCACCUGGCAGCAGUUCCAUAAGAUGGCAGGACGGGGCACCUAUGGCUCUGAGGAAUCCCCUGAGCCUCUCCCCAUCCCRACGUUGCUGGUGGGCUAUGACAAGGAUUUCCUGACAAUCUCUCCCUUCUCCCUGCCCUUCUGGGAGAGGCUCCUGCUGGACCCAUACGGGGGCCAUCGGGAUGUCGCCUACAUCGUGGUGUGUCCGGAAAACGAGGCCUUGCUCGACGGAGCCAAAACUUUCUUCAGGGACUUGAGUGCUGUAUACGAGAUGUGCAGGCUUGGGCAGCACAAGCCCAUCUGCAAAGUGCUGCGGGACGGGAUCAUGCGGGUGGGCAAGAGCGUGGCGCAGAAGCUGACGGACGAGCUGGUGAGCGAGUGGUUCAGCCAGCCCUGGGGCUCCGAGGACUGUGACAAUCAUUCCAGGCUCAAGCUCUACGCGCAGGUCUGCCGCCAUCACCUCGCACCUUACUUGGCCACCCUGCAGCUGGACAGCAGCCUCCUGCUGCCCCCCAAGUACCAGUCGCCGGCUCCGAGCCAGCCGCAGGCAGCUCCCGGCAGCUCGGGCCCCGCUCCCUCCAGCUCCUCCUCGUGUGUCUCCGCCGCCGGGGCCCCCGCCACGGGCAGCUCCUUCAGCUCCACGCCCAGCGCGGGCACCACGAGCCUCCCAGCCGGGAGUGCCUCCUCCUCGGGCUCCUCGGUGCCACAGCUGUCCGCGUCCUCCGCCACGCCGGGCGCCAGCCAGAUGGGCACCUCCUCCACGCCCGGCUUCAGCGGCAACGCGGGCUCGGGGCAGAGCAGCGGCGCUGCGGGAGGCACGGCCGAGCGCACCCAGGGCAGCACCGGCCCCGGGGUGGACACCGAGCCCGGCCCCAGCCUGCCCCAGCAGCAGCAGGAGGGACAGGAAGGCGCGUCGGAGCGGGAGCGGAUCGGGAUCCCCACGGAGCCCGAGGCUGCGGACAGCAAUGCCUACCCCCCGGCYGUGGUCAUCUACAUGGUGGACCCCUUCACCUACACUGCCGACGAGGAGUCUGCCUCCAGCAACUUCUGGCUCCUGAGCCUCAUGAGAUGCUACACAGAAAUGUUGGACAACUUGCCUGAGAAUAUGAGGAAUUCUUUCAUUCUCCAGAUUGUGCCUUGCCAGUACAUGCUGCAGACAAUGAAGGAUGAACAGGUUUUCUACAUUCAGCACUUGAAGUCUCUGGCGUUCUCUGUGUACUGCCAGUGCAGGAGGCCCCUGCCCACACAGAUCCACAUCAARUCCCUCACGGGCUUCGGGCCAGCUGCCAGCAUUGAGAUGACCCUCAAAAAUCCUGAGAGGCCCAGCCCAAUCCAGCUGUACUCACCUCCUUUCAUCCUGGCCCCCAUCAAAGACAAGCAGACAGAGCUGGGAGAGACAUUUGGAGAGGCCAGUCAGAAAUACAACGUGCUUUUCGUGGGGUACUGCCUGUCCCACGACCAGCGCUGGCUCCUGGCGUCCUGCACYGACCUGCACGGGGAGCUGCUGGAGACCUGCAUUGUCAACAUCGACCUGCCCAGCAGGUCAAGGAGAAGCAAGCUGUCUGCCCGGAAGAUUGGGCUGCAGAAGCUCUGGGAGUGGUGCAUUGGCAUUGUCCAGAUGACGUCCCUGCCCUGGAGAGUCGUCAUCGGGCGCCUGGGCCGGCUGGGCCACGGGGAGCUGAAAGACUGGAGUAUCCUGCUCGGGGAGUGCUCCCUGCAGACAAUCAGCAAACAGCUGAAGGAGGUKUGCCGCAUGUGCGGCAUCUCCGCAGCAGAUUCCCCCUCCAUCCUCAGUGCCUGCCUCGUUGCCAUGGAGCCACAGGGAUCRUUCGUGGUGAUGCCAGACGCGGUGACGAUGGGCUCGGUGUUCGGGCGCAGCACGGCGCUGAACCUGCAGUCAUCCCAGCUCAACACGCCCCAGGACGCCUCCUGCACACACAUCCUGGUGUUCCCCACCUCUGCCACCAUCCAGGUGGCUCCUGCAAACUACCCCAACGAGGAUGGCUUCAGCCCCACCAACGAUGACAUGUUUGAUCUCCCAUUCCCAGAUGACAUGGACAAUGACAUUAGAAUUUUGAUAACAGGGAAUCUUCACUCUUCACCAAAUUCCUCCCCAGUUCCUUCCCCUGGAUCACCAUCUGGCACUGGAGUGGGAUCACACUAUCAUCACAGUAGGAGCCAAGGGGAACGUCUCCUGUCCAGAGAAGCCCCGGAAGAGCUGAAGCAGCAGCCUCUGGCUCUGGGAUACUUCGUGUCGACUGCCAAAGCAGAGAACCUCCCGCAGUGGUUCUGGUCCUCCUGUCCUCAGGCACAGAACCAGUGUCCCCUCUUCCUGAAGGCCUCUCUCCAUCACCACAUCUCUGUAGCGCAGACAGAUGAGCUUCUACCUGCCAGAAAUUCUCAGCGAGUUCCUCACCCCCUCGACUCUAAAACUACAUCAGAUGUCUUGAGGUUUGUGCUGGAGCAGUACAACGCCCUGUCCUGGCUGACGUGUAACCCGGCCACGCAGGACCGCAGCUCCUGCCUGCCCGUGCACUUCGUGGUGCUCACCCAGCUCUACAACGCCAUCAUGAACAUCCUGUAGGACACACACAAGCACUUCUUCUUCUGGCUGCUUCUCCCCUCCACCUGGGAACGUGCCACAACCCGCAAAGAGCUCGGUUUUGCUUCUCUUCAGACCAGUCCUGUGCUGUGCUUCUGUUCCUCCGAAAGCACAUGUGAAUUCUGCAGUGUUCAAAACUAAACUACCCAUUAACAUCUCUGGCAGCUUCAGUCCAAAAUCUGGGAACAUCCAAGAACAGUGAACACAGAGUAACCUCAAGCCAGUGUUAGUUUGGUGGCUCAGUAACUACUGGUCAGUGUGAUUAUUUUUUUUAAUAUUUUAUUUUUUUAAGGAAGACUACAGGAUCUUUUUGCAUUAGGAACUGAUAAAGACCCACGAGCAGUGUCAGCCCUGCGAGUAAAACCCACCUUGUAGUGACCAGUUUGAGUGUUUCGUUGUCUGAUCGUCGUAAACCGGGACUUUGCAGGAGGAAAAAACCACAAACACAAAACCACACAGUUGUAGUCUCAUAUAAAUAUUGGAGUUUUCUGUCUACCUGGAGUUCCUGUCAGAGUGGAUUGGGAUGAAUGCAUGCAUUUGUUACCUGUCCAUGUAGAUAUGAAUGGUCUGGAGAUACUUUAUUUAUUUUUAGGUUUGGGGAGGGGAGGGAUUAAAUUAUAAAGGACCAGGAACAGUAGAAAUACCUUAAAAAUCCAGCUCCGUUCCACUGUAGGGUUAUUUAUCUACAGACCUCUCACUCUUCUGACCUGGAAAUCAAAAGUGAAGCUCAUAACAAUCAAAGUCUGGGAAGGGAAGYGUGUUCUGGUAAGGCUAUCUUGUAUUUUAAGGAAUUCUCCCCUGUGUUUAGCCUGGUGAAAGCAAGGAAUGGCCAGUGUUUAAUGAAGGAUAACACUACCUAAGGGAGAAGAGUGAGAGGGAGGUAGGGAGGAAAAAUACUUUAAAGCCCAAUGUCAGGGCAAGUGCAAAGUGGUAAAUUAAUCUAUUGUAGAGCUAUGAUUGAGAUAUAUUUCCAGUAAAUUUAGUGAUGCUAGAAAAGUAUUUACUGAAAGCCAAGUCGCCCUUUAAUUCUGGGCAGACUCGUCCAUGUACAUAUCCAAAAAUAUGGUUUUUGUUUACACUAAAUCAGUCACAAAUCUGGUGUAUUUUUUCUGACUAUAGGAAUAUUAUUUCAAAGAAAUAAUUUUUAAAAAUUAUAUCAUGAAAUUAGUACUUGAAGUUACACCACUGUGGUGGCUAAGUUACUUUGUUUAGUGAAAUGAUCGCCAUUGGGAAAGUUAAUGGCUAAUUGAAGUAUUUUUAUGACUCCUUCAUUCCAGGCUCCAAGGGGUUCCUAUUGCAGCCCCAUUCCCUCAUUUCUGGGGGUGCACUGGGCAGCAGGAGGGGCCGGGGUCGGGCACUUGGAUUGGGCUGGGUGACCCUUCCCCUGGCUGGGGAGAAAAACUACCAAGUUUAGAGUUCUUCCAAAAGACUUUCAUGUUCUGGUUAAAAAAAAUGAAAUUCUAUGAUUUUAAAAAGUAUUUUUCUUGAGAUAAUGUAACAUUUAAAACAAAUUAUAUAAAAUAAUAAAAGAAAAAAAAAAAAGAAUUGCUUGUGUAAUGAGAAGGUGAAGGCAGGGGAGGAACCUGUAAAUGGAUUAUUUCCUUCCCUGCUCCACCCCUCCGUGUGGGUGUCCUCUUUGCAAUGUAUAGGUAAAAAAAAAUCUGAUAUCRAACCAUUUGUAUCUAAUGUGUACAGUGUAAAAUUGACUUUAAAAAUAUUGCAGUACUAUUUUUUCUUAAUCAGAAAAGAAAAUUCUCAAGGCCUUUUGAAGAGCAUAAAAAGAUGAAGAUUGUAAACUUGUAUAAAAAAAUUUAACUUGGGGAGGAAAAAAAUGUAAAGUAGACAUUUGUAAUCUUUUACCAUUUGGGGGUUAUUUGUUCCCAGGAUUCAUCUGAACUUUGGAUUAUUAUUUUGCUUAUUGUUUUUAAUGGGCCGUUUUUAUCCAGGGGUGUUUCUUCCCCACAAACCUGGUUCUAAGCAAAAAUUAGAAAUUAAAAAAAAAGGGCAGCAAGGAGUAGUUUUCAUCUGGUGUCUUUUAUUUAAUUUUUUUAAGUUAAGAGAAGCUGGUGACAUAUUUAUACGUUUUUGUGCAAAAUAAAUGAAUGGCAAUAGAUUUUAAAGAAAAAUCUUAUGUACUUCAGUGUGAAAAGUUCUGUAUAAUAUUUCCCUUAAAUAUGCAUUAUUUUACUUGUGAGUUUUUUACUGAAUUAAUCUGAAAUGUACAAGCCCUGRCUUUCCUACAGAGUGAAGAAAGUUAUUUUAUUUUUUUUUUAUUUCUAACUUUGGAAAAUCACGCCUAAAUCAGAAUUAUUAUUACAGUUGUUUGAGCUAAAGGGAGUGGGAGGGUGGGGAAUGUCCAGCAUGCUUGUAUGUAUAUUUCAGAACCUUUUUUAAAUGUAAAAGCUGUACAUUUCUGGGGAGUUCUGAAUUUCUUUUUGUUUUCUUUUUUUUUUUUUUUCUCUGAGCAUUUUGCAGUGAGCUUCUUUUAUAUAUAGCCGACAAUUUGAAAGAAAACAAAAAAAAAAAUGUGAAGUUCAUUUUAAAUCUACAGUAUAUCGCUGGUACAAUACACUAAAAAAGACUUUGAUAAAAAGAAACAAUAAUAAUAAAAGACCUCCAUUUUAAAUGUCAUUCAUAUAUACCUUGUGGAUGAGAGCUAUAUACUUUUACACACUUUUUUAGAUGAAUAAAUUAUUGAAUUACUGAA